GAACUAAUGGAUUGUCAGUCUCCUUCUUCUUGACAAAAGAUUAUUUGGUGCAUGCUUCUAAAUACCUUACUUGGACCACAAUUCGGAAUAAUAGUUUCCCCGAACUCCACCAUGGACUACUUUCACCGCUUUACCUCUGGUUCAAAAGGUCAAGCUCAAGCUUCGACUUCCCAAUCUCUCUCCAAUUCCACCAAAUCUGAACCUCAGCCAAAAAUGGAGAAUCAUCGACAGCAAGACGAGUCUGCUGCAUCUGCAGUAUCUUCUCCAUCUGAAUCCAAAAAGCCAAGAAAGAAGAAGGUUCUGUUGAUGGGAAAAUCAGGUUCCGGAAAGAGUUCUAUGAGAAGCAUCAUCUUUUCGAACUAUGUCGCAAAGGAUACAAGACGAUUGGGAGCAACAAUUGAUGUCGAUCUUAGCCAUGUCAAAUUUCUAGGAAAUUUAACGCUCAAUCUAUGGGAUUGUGGAGGUCAGGAUGCAUUCAUGGAAAACUAUCUAUCUCAACAACGUCAACAUGUAUUCUCAAGUGUCGGCGUCCUCAUUUACGUCUUCGAUAUCGAAUCUCGGGAUUUCGAUCGUGAUCUCUUAACAUAUCGCUCGAUCAUCACCGCACUCACUCAAUUCUCACCAACCGCAAGUAUCUACGUCUUGAUUCACAAGAUGGAUCUUGUCCUUCCGAACCAACGUGAGGAUAUUUUUCAUGAGAGAAUCACACUCGUCCGAUCUAAAUCAGAAUCGUUCAAUAUCGUGCCAUUUGCGACAUCUAUUUGGGAUCAAUCGUUAUACAAGGCAUGGGCAGAAAUCAUUCACGAUCUAGUUCCUAAUCUCGGAGAAAUCGAAAGACACCUCUCUUCACUUGGUACUAUCAUUGAAGCUGAAGAAGUUCUCCUAUUUGAGCGCUCAUCUUUCCUUGUUGUCUCAAGCUGGACUUCCCCAGAAGGAGAAGCAAAUCCUACCACUGAUCGAUUCGAGCGUCUUUCGAAUAUCAUCAAAAACUUCAAGCAAAGCACCUCUCGUUACACCGGUACACCCAAGUCCGCCGAACAGUUCAGUUUAUUCGAGUUGAAAAUGCCAAACUUCAGUAUGUUUGUCGUUAAAUUUACAACCAAUACAUACCUUGCGGCCAUCCUUCCACCUGGAGAGGAACGCUUCAAUUGUGCUUUGGAGAACGCGAAGAUUGCUGCGAGGGAUUUUGAAGAGCUUGAUAGCCCAGCGAGAAAGAGUGCCGAUAGAGGUGCAACAGGUACUGAGGCUGGAAUGGUUUAGACAAAUAUGGGGAUUUGAUAGAUAGAUGCUACUUUCAGAUAUGACGAUAUGACACAAUGCAAAUGGGAUCUGGCAUGGCGUUGGAUUCGGGAAUACCCUUGGCUUUUCAUGUAUAAUACGCUGGCAGGGAAGGAGCAUCGGAGAGGCUAAAUUCGAUAGUUACUAAUAAGGUUUACUCAGGUAUCCA